AUGGUCUCCGAUGCCGCCUGGGCGGACACGGUGGAGGCCCUGCGGGAAAUGAGGCAAUCAAAAGAAGAGCCUAUCCAGGACCCGCAGGAUGAGGACGAGGAUGCCAAGGAGAGGGACGCUCUUCGAGCGGCCCAGGGCAUCACUGCGGACGGGGACGAUGCGGAGGAGGAAGCUACAGAGCCUGUGGCAGAGGAGGCAACGGAGGAGGACCCAGCUGUAAACAUCACGGAGAGGUACAUGGACGAAUCCAAAUUUGGAUGCCUGUGGAUCGUUUUCAAGGAUGGAACGCGCUGCACGGUGCGCAUGCAUCACGAGCGCCUGUGGUACGCGGACGUGAGCUGGGAUGUCUCCUCGUCGCGACCGGGAGUGCAGGUGAGCUACACGCCUCCUUCUGGUGUGGUGGUGCAAGCCUUCAGUGAUGCCUCCAUCCGCCAGAGCUGGCUCAGGCCUGUUCCCAGUGGUGCUGCAGAGGACCUGCUGCCAGGCCAGGCUCAAGACCUGGAGCAGGCGAGGCUGGUGACAGCCUUCGGCGUGCUGGUCAUCGAGAGGCUCUCCGGGCGAAGGGAGGUCUACCAUCCCUCUGGCACGCGGGCCUGGAGAAAUCCAACCACAGAGGAGCUCCAGCAGAGGGUGGAGCAGUUCCGGCGCGCAGCUGGACACUGCGACGCUGUGGCCCAAGCAUUCGCCAAGCGGCUGGCCCAGAUCUGCGAAGCCUGGGAGGCCAACCAGGCAGAGGAGGAAGAGAUGGACCCGUCUGAGACGAACAAAUACUUUGGCAUGCCGGGGCACUGGCGCGUGACCACCCGCGAGGGCCGGCGCUUCGGCCGCGCGGAGCGGGCCUGGCCGGAGCUGGAGGUGCCGGAGGUGCCGGAGGUGCCGGAGGCCGACGUGCUGGGUGAUGAGAGCAAAAGGUCCAGCAAGGCUGAAAGCAGAGGCAGCAAGCCGCCGAGCAGACCCCCGAGCAAGAAUCCCAGCAAGGAUGAGGCUCCACCUCCAGCGGAAGAUGAAGAUCUGGAGAGCGAGCCAGAGCCUCCAGAGCCGCCGCCCUCCCUGCAGGACAUCCUGGAGGCAGUGCUGGUGGAUGAAGGCAACAAUAUCGAGUAUGAGCUAGAUCCUGUGCCCAUGCUCACAAUGCUGGACCCACACACCGGCAUCACCUCCAUCUCAAACGAAGAGGGCAUGCUGGUGCUGCUGGACAAAGAGUCCUCUGUUUGCGUCCUCCCGGAUGGCACGCGCUUGACCUGCUUGGCCGAGACUGAAGGAAGCCAGGUGGUGAUGGAGAAGGAGGGAGCAGCCCGGGUCACCUGCCGCAUCAAGGACAAGGCGUACGUGCCCAACUCCAUGGUGCAGGUGGAGAUGGAAGAUGGGGCCACGAUGGAGGUGGUUCCUCGCAGGCUGAACCUCAAGGCGGAGCUGGUGCCCUCCGAUCCCCAGCGCUUCCUGGCGAAGCUGCACGGCGAGCCCGAGGACGCCCAGGCUGCGGCUUUGGAGAUCAGCCAGCAGCGGAACUCCAUGUCUCAGCACGAGUUCUGCAUAAAUCACGAUCCACGUGAGGACAGCUACUCCACCAAUGCAUCUGUCAUCCUGCGUCAGCCAGAUGGCACCAUGCUGCACUCCAAGGGUGCCGGUGAGGUGGAGCUGGUCAGCGGCAUGGACCUAGCAGCUGUGGGUGGGGAGAAGGCCCUGAAGACGCUGCAGGACAAAGGAUGUGUCUAUGUCGCCCAAGUGGACUACGACCGGAUCUUUCUGCGGGAUGAUGACGGAAACUACUUUGAGGUCCAGGGCGACCAAUCCCUGGACUUCAAGCUGUCGGUCUCCAUGGGCGACGACUUUGCUUCUCCCAGAUGUGUAUGCCCGCAGAAGCCUUUCAAGCACCCGGAUGCCUCUUUUCUGCCUCUUCCAGAGGAGGCCCCGCCGCCGCGGCUCUUCGUGGUCUAUGGCGAUGGGGAGGCCGAGGAGCUGCUGCUGCCACGGGAUGUGGAGGAGGCCCUGCGACUGGCCAAGCAGGAUCCCAAGGCGCUGGUGGUGGAGGGAGAGAGGAUGGGAUGGCCGAUGAGCUGCUGCAAGACCCACUCCAUCCACCGGAUCAUGCCCAUGGAUCCGGUCUCCGUGCCUCUUAGGCCACUGGAGCUGCCUCCCAGCAUGGCCGGUUUCGUUCAGCCCGAGAUGCCGCAGCGGACCUACACUCAAUUUCGGCAGUUCAUUGAGUACCCGAGAAUCACCGAGCCGAAGCUCAAGGCUUGGGAAAGGGCCUAUGAGGAGUAUGAGCGGCAUGAGGAGCAGAGGCUGCUGCUUCGGUCCUCACUGGGGGCUGGGUUGCGCAAGGCCUCCAUGCGUACCUCCAGUACCGUCUCUUUGAGCCUGGCGGACCAGACGAAGCUCAGAGAGGACAAGACCGAUACAGCCACGGAGGCUUCGGAUCCUCGGGAAGGUGGUGCCUGA